AUGAAGAAGAAGGAGAGAGAGGCAGAGGAUGAGAAGCCACCGAAAGUUUCGUCAAAAGGCAUUCAGAAGAACUUGGAUUUCAAUUUCAAAAUCCGAAAUAUUUUGACGAAGGCGGCAGCCAACGGAGAGUUGGAGGAGGCAGUUAAGGAAGUUCAAGACUUACUGAAGGCAAGAAACGGAGAGCUGCUGCUUCUGGAUUCCGAUCCAAGUCUUCUGCAGACGAAGGAUAAGUUAGACGCCUUGAAGGCCAUCGCUGGAGUCGAUUCUGAAAGUUCGACGACGCAAUCUGACAUGACUUCAAUCCUUCUCCUCUCUAAUCUUGCCGGCAAUAACGGAAGCGGAGGAUUCCACGGAGAAAGCAAAAGACGUAGGGCAGAGCCGGAAGUGCUCGGCAAUAUGGAGGCCAGGGAUUCGGUGGAGGCAGAGGUGGAAAAGGAGGAGUCAAGUGCUUCAAGUGCUCCCAGUAUGGUCACUAUGCCACAGAAUGUGAACAAAGAAGGUAUGAGUUUUCCGGACAGACUGUCAGCAGCUAUAAUUAUCUCGCUUCCUAAAAACGCAUCGAAAAAUACGAUGAAAGCCCUUAGGGACGAGGUUUUUUCUAGGCCGCCCGGUGAGUAA